CUUGUAAUGAUUUGGUUUUUCGGGCUGUGUUGUUGCCAUUAUUUUUUCAGCCAUCUUUAUUUUUGCGUCCACUACAUCAUCCUACCACGUAUACUCUACUGAUGUUGUUUGGAUAUUUUGCGUCGUGGGAAAAGAAACAACGGAAAUUCACGAAUGCAGCCGAGCACAUAGUGAAAGUUACCGACCUCAACCGAGGUGAUAUUUUGCCGAACUUUUGGGAUUUUCCACAAAGAAAUUCUCUGUUUCCACCCGAAUUUUCCAUUUCUCGCCCUUUCUGGGAAAUCUUCUGCCCAACUAUGAGCUCCACAGCCUUGGAGGAAAAAUGGAUCAACGAUCUUGAUACCAAAAAUCCCGCAACAAUGCUGGCAACUGUGAAAGAAAUCUAUCUGGAGAGUCUCAGGAGGAAAAACGCCCCAUUUAGCUCAUGCCUGAAGGACAAGCUUCUUUGUACAAUGAAAGAGCAUCGAAAUCUCUCAAAAAUGUCCUUAGAAAUUGCCUGCAAAGCUUUCUUCCAAAUUUUGAGCUUCUCUCCGGAAGAUUCCCCCCUGGAUGAGCUCUUGAGGGAUUUCCAGGCAGACAGCCGACUGGGAGUCUUUGGGGUUAAUGGAAUUUUAACAACAAACUACAAAACAACCAUGAAAGUAGAGAAAUUGGAAGAGAUUGUCCUUCAAAUGGCUGAUUUGUGUUCCCGGGAGUAUUCAAUCUUCAUCCUCUGGGCCCUGAGGAAUCUUGUAAGUUUCUGCAAGCAAUACCCUGAUCAUGCGCAUAAUUCGGAUGCUUUGCUGAGGAUUAUGUGGAUGAAUUUGACGUCAAAUGUGUCCGGAUUGAGGGAACAGAAUCUCUUCCUGUUGGAAUUUGUGACAAAAAAGUGUCCGGAAAGGAGUAAAUCCAUCUUUGGGGAAGUUCUCAGUCGUUGGUCAUGGAUGAAUCCCUACAAAUACUACAUUUUGGGCACAAUUCUCGCCAAUAUGCCCUUCCGGGAGGCAGUUGGAGAGGAUUUCAAUGCUGAAUUGUUCCUCGAAGGGCUGUCAACUUCCCUGAAGCAUCGAAAUCUCCUCUCUCCUGGCCAAUUUCUCUUUAAAUCCCUCAUGAAGCACGGGGUGGUUGAUAUAUCGAACCUUGUGAAUGAUAUUCUCUUGAAGAGGAGCCUCCUUGAGCGGGAUAACUUCAUAAAUCAGUGGCUCUGCUACCAUCAGGAUUUGGAUAGACUCUACGAGGGAAUUAAGGAUGAGAUGGACGACGUGACGUGGGAUGAUGAAUACCUGCCAAUUAGACGAGCUUUCCGGGAACAAAUGGCUGUGAAAGAGCUCGCCCAUGACACUGAGGGAUUCACUGACAUGAUGGGGAUGAUUGAAGGUGAACCAAUCCUGACUCAACACUACUACGACAUCCUCAUUCAUCGCCUAACAAAGGGACUCGAUGUGAAGGCUGAUGUUGUCUUCCUGAAGGAGCUGUUUGAGUUCAUAACUCUAGAAACAAACACUGGCGUUCGGCAAUACAUCUUUAAGCGUCUCCCGCUCAUCCUGGAACAGCUGACACGAAGGAAUCGCGAUGAAUCCGAAGAAUCCGAAGAAAUCAUUGAAUUCUUCUCCACGAUGAAGUAUCAGAUUAAUAGAGGCUACAUGACGUGUCUUCAGGAACCUGGAAAUUAUCCCGCAGUCAUAUUCAUCCUGCGACUCCUGGAGACGCUUCUAAAAUUCUUUUCCGGAGACAAAAAGCACGCCCUGACGAAGAAUUCCAACUUCAAUGCAAAUAUUCAAUUCCGGGAAUAUCUGGCCAGGAAAGGAUUCAAUUUCACAUCUGGUGACACUUUCCACACUCUCUGGGUUCUUAUAUCAGAAAGUCCUUUUGAUGAUGUCCAGGAGUUAGCGUGUCAGCUCAUUAUUGAAUUCUUUGACAAAGAGAAAUUCCGGGAAAAGAUCCAUAACCUGUUCCGGAUGAAACAGGACCUUGAUUCCCCCAACGCUUGUCGUUUGUACGCAAGGAUUCUCCUCCAGUGGGAUGAAGAUCUCCUGGACAGAGUCGAGAGCUUCAUUAGGACGACUUUUGAGAACUUCCGGAAGGAUCCUUUUGCCUCAGUUCACAGGAACGAUCACAUCUUCUACGCAAUUGAGUGUCUCACGGAAUGCUUGGUGAUUAGACCUCCACAGGGAGAGGAAUUAAGCCAACUGGUGGAUUUGUGUGCAGAGAUAACGGAGGAAGUCCUGAAAUUCCUAAAUCAUACCGGAGAAUUCGAGGAAGCACCCAGUUUCGAAGUAAUGGAGGAGAGUCUGCAAGUUCUCAUUGAUAAGUCUCAAGUUAAGCACUGGAAAUCCCCUCCGGAAGCCCGGAAGGAGCUCCUGCUAUCCCUCUGGAUGACUCUCAGGGCUUGUGGGGAUUUCUCUGCUGCUGCUGCGAAGAUUCUAGUCAAGGAUCCUCCUGAAUUGUCUUCAGGAUCUAAAAUUGAGACAUGCCUGAAGAUAAAUACAAUGAUCCUCCAGCGAUGUCGUCACAAGGGAGCCAUUGAAGCUGCUGGACUCUCCUUGGGACGGAUUGUCCGGGAGAUUAGUGGCCAGGACAGUGAGAUUCUCCGCACGGAGCUUGAGAAUCUCCUUGCUGGGAAGCGCAAUCUCAGCACAACUCGCCGUGGAGCUGGAUACUCAAUAAUGCUCCUCAAUCUCGUCCGGAAUGACGCAUCGGAUGGCAGGAAGCUCCUUCAGCGCGCCAUGGAGAUCCUCCUCAGUGAGCUGCGUGAGAAGCAGCCGGGAGUGGAGAAUUUUGACAGCCUGGAAGCAGUGAUGCUGCACUAUCUCUGUGUUCUGGUCAAAGAUAGCUCUCUGGUGGAGGAUAUGCUGCCAUUUGUGCCGGAAAUCCUCCGGAUAGCUUUCCAGAAGAUUGACAGCGAAGAGUGGACUGUGAGGAAUGGGGCGUUGCAGCUGUGUGGAGCGAUGAUUCCCAAAAUUGUUGGCCAGAAGAUGCACUACCAGGAGGAGGAGGACUGGCAGCCGGUCAAACUAUCCGUUGAUGAUGUGAGAAUUCGUCUCUCAUCCAUCAGCUCCUUCCUUCUGACCACCUUGACGAAUUCUGCCCAGAAUUCCACGACGCUCCUCAUCACAAUCCUGGAACUUCUCUCCCGCAUUGAAUUCUGGUGGACGGAAAUUCACUCCGCUGGCAAUAUUCUGGCUUUCCGGGCAGUUCUGUGGGGUCUUCUUGAGCAUCCAUGCCACAAAAUCCGUCUCCUCUCCGCGAGAUGCUUCUCAGGCUUCCACGAGUUCCACCAAAUUCCCGGAAUUGUCUUCCAGAUCAUCGAACUUCUGCCCCAAAUUACAAACCCCAACCUCUUUCAUGGACUCCUCAUGGCCACUGAUGCUCUCACGAGGAAGUACCGCGCUGAGAGUUUUGCUAUUCCCAACCACAAUGCUGCAAACUUCCUCUCAGACGUGCAGGAAGCAGUUAAGAAGCACUGGGAGGGCUUUCCGGAGAAGAAUCUCGGCCCAUUUAUCCGGAUAAACCUCAAGAAGUUCCUCCAGAGUAUCGAGAGCGAAUUGGCCAGCAAAAUAGACUGCCCAGAGCAAGUGAAUGAUGGAAAACGGUUCAGAUCUCAAUGGCUGGAUGUUCCACUAACUCUUCAAGCAACCGCCAGUGAAUCUCCGGCACAUGACUAAUGCAAAUCCCAGCAGCUCCAAAGAGAUUCUUCCUCAGCAGAAGCCAAGAGAAUCGAAGCCAUUUGAUUUUUAGAAAAUCUUCCCAGAUCCAAGUUUAUUUUAAAACAAAAAAAAAAUCGACAAAAACGUUGAAAUAAAUGAUUAAAGGUCGCGUGAGUCAGCACUUGACGGAUUGACUUAAUUACAUAAUUUUUUUUUACGUACUUUAUGAUCUACUUGAUAAGCAUUAUACAGCGUAAUAUAUACAGACAGAAUUAUUAGAUUCAAUAAAAUUAUUUAAUUUCCAUGA